AGGAAAUAGCUGUAAAUUAAGUGGGAAAGCAGAGGAGGAAUAUAAGGUCACCUCGCAUCAAUUUGUCAAGUUGCUGCACAGUAGCUAAAGAUUUUCAGUUUUAUGAGAGGCUUAAAACUAGAGGAAGGGGAUUAUGAACUGAAUCCUUUGUAAUUAGGUCCACUGGGCAAAAGUCUUAGAAACAAUAAACUUCAGAGGAAGCAAAAGUCGAGGUGAUUGGACAUAGAGGAAGGAGACAGAGGAUGGAAACAUAUUUGUAUAAUUAAGAGAUGAUGCUGCAUUUCACAUGUAACAGGAUCUGUUUUUCUGUCUUUGUUGCCCCAGAGUAUUGCAGGAUUAUCCUUUAUAGAUUUUAAUCACAGAGUAAAAUCAGUCCAUCCCUGAGCCUUUCUGGACAGUUGUGUCUGUAGCUGUUCGCCAUGAAUGAAACAUCCUCCCAAUGCAGCAUCUCCGACUACCUAAACCUUUGUGCAUCCUCCAAAGUCCUGCUCCUGGUUCCAGGCUUUGGCUUGAACAUCUUCAUCCUGGUCUCCCUGGUGUCUUGUUUGCUCAACAAGCAGAGAAAGAUAAGGGGCAAUGUGGCCAUGUUCAUCCUGGGAAGCACCUGCUGCAACCUGGUCAACCUAAGCCUGUGGCCCAUGACAAUUUACUGGAAGCAGCACGGGCGCUGGCUGCUGGGCUCACGCAUGUGUGAAGUCAUGGUGAGCGCCAAACACUUGACUAGCUCUGCGUCCUUCCACUACGUCUCCUUCAUCACCUUCUCCAUCUACCUGACGGUGGUGUGUGGCUGCAGACACCUGGUGAACAGCAGGGUGUUCCUGGCCCUGCAGCUCCUGUUUCCGCUCCUCCCCGUGGUGCUGAAGGACCUCACCUUGUGGAUCCUGGGCCUCCAUGUGGGUCACCUGGACCCGGUAAACCUCACCUGCUUCUCCUUCAUCAAUGAUAAAAUAAUGAGGGUGCUUUUGAUGGUGAAGACGGGCCUGUUUCUGCCGUUAAGUCUGUAUUUCUACGCUCAUGUUCUUCAAACCAUCGUCCAGAGCGCUAAGGUCAUACACAGGAGUCAGAGAGUCAACGUCCACCUGGCGAAGGUGUUCAGCCUCAUAUCUCUCAUUACCUUCACCGCACAUGUACCUGGUGCAGUGUUUGCGCUGAUGGAACAUCCGUCUGUAUGUCAGGAGAUGGUUAGAGAUUUAUUGCUGGACCUGCCUUUACUCUCCAGUCCUAUAAUCCUGCUCUGUAUGAAUAAAGAGCUGAGGAACCAGUGUGUGCUGCUGCUGCAGCGCAAACCUGCCAACUGGUAUGAGGGGAAAACAUCUAUCAGCAAGACGUACGAGCAGGACAAGAACCUGACAAAUGGAGAAAGUGACACCUUUCAGCUCUAAUUCAUUAGAUGAUGAUUUAUGACGAUUUCUCUUGAUUGAUUAAGAUCACAAAGUCAAGCUUUCCAGGAUAUGAUUAGGCUGAAUGUUUAGAUGUGCAUCCUGACAGAGCUUGGAUUGACAUGACACAUAUAACUGACAUGAAGUAAACAGGUUUACUUUUAUUUGCAAUAUAUCCUUAAAGUGGAUCAAUGUUAACACAGGAUAAACAUAUUAAAGAACAAUUAUGUGCAAAGUUU